UCUUUACAACGGGGACAAUACAUAUCGACACUGAGCCGUGAAGGGAAAUGCGACGACUUGUCCUUCAUCCACUUCCAUUUAAAUUUCGUCUACUGCGCUGUACCUUAUCACCCCAAGAUUUUUGCCGCCGCCGUGGCCUGUGCCAUGGCAGGACCCCAAUCCAGCAACUCCGAGACGUCCGUAAGAAACUACUCGGAUGGAAUUAUGAAAAGAUCCUCUACUUCUACUUUGGGAAACCAAAUCGGCCAGAAUCCUGUUGUAAGAAAACGUCGAGUCAAUGUCUUGGAUGCCAAUGGAAAGCUGGUUGAUUUUGACGAUGACGAUUUCCAAAUUAUCACCACAGAUUUGUCUGGAAGACAAGUUAAUUUCCAAGCUAAACAAAAUACCAUUCCUGUUAACCGAUUCCCGAUGAGGCCAUCCAAUGUAGGAUCUGUCUCCACCUCUGGACAAGCCACUGGUGACAUUAUCUUCGUCAGCGACGAUAGCAGAGAAAUUGAUGACCUAGACGAUCUUGAUGAUCUCGAUGAUUUGGCUAUUAUUUCGGCUGAUCGCUUGAGCUCUUUCCCGUUCGUGAAUGGACAAAACGCUGCCCGUCUUGUCUCUCAAUCUUCCAUUUUUAAUCCGUCGACUUCCUUUGUCAGAACGCCCCUUCGCCCGACGAGAAUGAAGCCAAGAUUCGUUCAGUCGGCUUCGACUUGUACUUGUCCUCCACAACGUGAAUCGGCUUUCCAAUUCUCAAGAUUUCCCCAGCAAUCGUUCAACCGAUUUUCCCAGUUUGGAAGGUUUCCCUUCGUCUCUUCCUCUCCUGGUGUUCAGUUCAUCUUUGACGACUAGCUACAAUUGUAUGAACUAAAGUUUUGGUCAAGGUUCUCCUUUUAUAUCGUUUCCCUAUCCAUUUAAAGGCCUACUAUCCAUUUAUUGUAACCAAAUUCGGCUUUCAAUGCAUUAUCUUAUUUGUUUUCAGAUGAAGAACAAAUCAACAAAUAAAAAACAUGCUUGUUAUUCUCGAAAUAUAAAGGACAUUUUAGAAACAGACAA